CAAAUCUUUCGUUCGGUGUCUUGCUGACCGUGGUGUAAAGUUAUUCGUAACCCAUGAAAAGCGGGAUGGGCACAGACUCUAAGGUAGCACAAGAUGCGAAUUGCCCAGCAGUCACUACUUCAUCGCUGGUGCACGAAUCCGACAUCUUCGACCACAUAACAAACGAUCCGCGGGUAUUUUAUAAAAAUCAACAAAUCGACGAUCCCGAGCUGACCGUGGGCGAGAAGAAAACGAUUCUUCGUGGUGUGCUUAAUGAAAGCCACGGCACCUUCCUGUAUCGGUUUGGAUUUUUUAUGCGUGAUGAACAUCUGCGAUACUUUGAGCAGGCGGACCAAACGCUAACGUACAGUCCGGAUGAAAAGUACGAGAUCGCGUAUCACUUGGCUCGUAUUCGCCGACUUCGCAAUGGAGGCCGUGCAAUCGAGGUGCGGAAUCGUCGUUACGCGGCACUGCAACAGAUGUGCGACGAAGGAACGUAUUUCACCGAGACGGAAAUGAUGCAACGUGAUCCGUUGCUGUACGAGCAGCUCGUGGGUCAGUUUAUGACGGAGCGCGAAAAGCAGGAGCGGGAUGCGCGUGUACCAACCCCACAGAGUGUGGUUGGCAUUCUGCUGAAGCAAAUUGAUAAAGAUCAGGCAGACAAAACGUUGCAGGAGCAGAAAUCCGAAGAAAGACAGCACCAGUCAGAAGUGGAUGAUUUGCGGGAACAGUUGGACCGAUCGCGUCCAAACUCGCCCAAUUGUCUCAGCUCGCAGUGGGGGAACUUCGACGAAGAGGAGCAAGUACGGGUAGCGGCAUUACGGCAGGCACGACACAAGCGUGCCCUACAGAAAAGCACGCCAGCAUAUCUGAUGACGGCUGGCGAACGGGAGCUACUGCGGGACGAGUUUAUUGGGAUUAUGCACGCUCGGUUUAUAGCGGGUGAAGAGGAAGACUUCGACUACACGCAGGUGGACGAUUCGGAGAAGUACGAUGAUCUGGUUAAGAUGAAUCAGGAUGCGGAGGAAAAAUAUUUCGAUAAGGAGGACGAAACGGAGUCGAAUGGUGAUGAGGAGGAUGGUUUGAAGAUGAACGUGGAACAGGCGGUAGAAAGUGAAGACGAGCUGGACAUCUAUAUGCGGCACUUGAACCGACAUCUGGAACAGCAACAAAGGACAGCCAACAACGUGCCGGUGUCGGUUCGCGAUCCAAACUGCGAGUACGAUAGCGAUGAAUAAUGGAAUCAUCCUUUCCUUUUUUGAAAAUGUGUUGUUUUUAUUUGUUAUUUUGCUUUUUUUUCUUGCUUGUGGCUGUUGAAAUGAAAUGGAGAAAAGAAAAACAUUAUGG